GUCGUGGCGUCAUGGAGGCGGGCGGUGACGUCGCAGGGGCGUCGACGCUGGAGGCGAUCAGUAUUGUGGGUAGAGCGGUGUGCACAGGCGUGGUGCUGACGGCGGCCUUGUACCUGCUGCGCUCUCUGUGUCACAGCAUGGCGUGGAAGUGCGGCGGAGACAGCCAAGCCGAGCUCGUCAACAACCUGCGCAAAAAUGGAAUAAUCAAGACUGAGAAGGUUUAUCAAGUAAUGUUGGCCACUGAUCGUUGCCAUUAUGCAAAGAGUAACCCCUACACAGAUUCCCCCCAGUCGAUAGGUUUCCAAGCUACAAUCAGUGCCCCACAUAUGCAUGCAUAUGCCCUGGAACUGCUGCACGAUCAGUUGGCUGAAGGAGCUAAAGCACUUGAUGUAGGUUCUGGCAGUGGGAUCCUCACUUCUUGUUUUGCACGGAUGGUUGGCCCAAAUGGAAAAGUGGUAGGAAUUGAACAUAUUAAGGAACUGGUAAAUGACUCAAUAACUAAUCUAAAGAAAGAUGAUCCAUCGUUGCUUACAUCAGGAAGAAUAAAAUUUGUAGUGGGUGAUGGUAGGCAAGGAUACCCAGAGGAAGAGCCAUAUGAUGCCAUCCAUGUGGGGGCUGCUGCAAGUACGGUACCACAGGCAUUACUAGAUCAGUUAAAGCCCGGAGGAAGAUUGAUUUUACCAGUCGGCCCUGCAGGUGGAAACCAGAUGCUGGAGCAGUAUGACAAACUACAGAAUGGCCACAUCAAUAAGAAACCGCUGAUGGGAGUGAUCUACGUGCCUUUAACAGAUCAAGAAAAGCAGGUGCCAAAGUGGAAGUGAUUCUGCACAACCCAUCUUCCUCAGAAACAAGGGAUGAAAUGUGAAGCUUCAUCUGUGUGCUCAGAACCUGACAUUAAUGUGGAGUGGAUAUCUCCUGUUCUAAAUGCUUUGAAAAAUGACAGCAUUGCAGCUUGUUUUGGACUUACAAACAUACACACACUUACACGAACACACACACACACACACACACUCAUACUUGAUGAUUGGUGUGGAGCAGUCUUCUUUUAAUAGUUCAACAAACUAGCCUGGGAAAAGAGCUGCGUAAAGAAUUGGAAAAAAAAUACAUUCAGCACUGGAAGUUUUCCGAGGCUUUGUUUAAUUUUUUAACUGGCAAGAAUGAAGCUGCAGCAAGGAGGGCCAGCAGGUGUGUGGUGUGUGCUCCCCACCCUAACCCCCCUACACCAUUUGAAAUGAAAAGUGUUCAAAUCUAGCACCAUUAUAAUAUACGGUAUGCACCCAUGAUCCUGGAUAUGCAAGAGCUUUCUGUAUGCAGUGAUAACCAAGCACUAAACCCGUAAGAUUGUAGUGCACCGUGAGUUGCCAUGCAGACAGUCAUGUUUCAUGUUCCUGAAAUCGAGCCUCCCUAGCACUACAAGCUGAUGGCAGCUACUACACUGUUCACUGUAAAAUCAUAUUUGGACAUAUUAAACAUAGUUUUAAGUUCUGUGCUGCUAUUCCACCGUUAUUGCUUCACAAUUGAAUGUAGUGAAAAUAUAACCUUGCUGUAGGAGCUCUUGGCAUUAUGAACUGCAGUUAAAUUUCCUCAGUGUAUGCAUUUAUUGCUUUGCCAAAUAAAUUUUAGUGGAUGAAUUGA